GCAUUAUUAUCAGUUCCGCUGAUCAUCUCCGAGCGACGCUAUCACGAUAAUUCGUUACGAAUCUGUUUUCUUCGAGCCUUUUUAGUCUACAUUGAGCUUCAAGUUUCAGUUAAGUUCGAAUAAUCGCUUCUGGAGCUGUCUUUUAUCGUAGACAUUGUAGUGAACACUUGUUUUUUUUCGAAUCCAUGAUAUAUAUUCCGGUUCUUUCGGUUCGUGUUUAUCCACCGUCUGGACCGUAGUGUAAACACUUUUACGCCAUUUUGACUCGCCGAAACUCCCAGCAGAAGUACCAUGAGAAGCUAAUCUUUUUUACCAAAAUUCUUGCUAAAAUAGCUCCACAGAAGAAGUUUUUAUAAAUCUCAACAAAAUGACGCAGCAAGCCGGCACAGUUCAAUUCGUUUUUACAGGCGCCAGUGGAUCUAAACUCGUCACUGUACCUGUCCUAAAGCCGUACAUGAAGAAAACUGUUUUGAAACCAUCAGAUGCAAACAAGGUUCAAGCAACUAUUCUGCAAGGAUCGCCUCAAAUGAUUGCACAGGAACCUAGUAUGACAGUUGUUUCCCCAAGUAAGAACAACUUUAUCUCUCCAAUUUUAGACCACUCAGGAUCUAGGAAACGCAAUGAAGUUGAGAAUCGUUACUAUCCUGAACCGAAAAGGAGACGGUCUGAUAAAGGUGGCAAGGGACUAAGGCAUUUCUCCAUGAAAGUAUGUGAGAAAGUCAGGAAGAAAGGCACAACUUCGUAUAACGAAGUAGCGGAUGAAUUGGUGAAUGAGUUUGCAACUUCAGCUUUGAUGAAUGCAAGUGCAGAACAGCAGUAUGACCAAAAGAACAUCCGGCGUAGAGUAUAUGAUGCACUUAAUGUCUUAAUGGCAAUGAAUAUCAUCUCUAAAGAAAAGAAAGAGAUAAGGUGGCUGGGACUUCCAACCAAUUCUAUCCAAGAAUGCAUCAACCUUGUGCAAGAGAAACAGGAGCGAUGCGACCGCAUCAAGCAUAAGAUUCAGCAGCUCAAAGAUCUCAUUUUACAGCAAAUAUCCUUUAAGAAACUGGUGGAGCGGAACAGUGAGGCCGAGCGGUUAUAUGGUGUUCCUGCGCCAAACUCAGCAAUUCAGCUUCCCUUCAUCAUAAUCAACACAAGCAAGAAAACAGUCAUUGAUUGCAGUAUUUCGAACGAUAAAACCGAGUACCUGUUUGUCUUUGAUGACAAAUUUGAAAUCCAUGAUGACAUUGAAGUAUUAAAACGAAUGGGACUAGUUAUGGGCUUGGACAAAGGUGAAUGUUCCAUUGAUGACCUUCAGAAAGCAAAAUCCAUGGUCCCUAAAUCCCUCGAGAAAUACGUUCUUCAAAUGGCGACCGGUGAUACAGACCCUGUUCUGGCUGAGAUCUGCAACGCAAGCUCAAGUGCAGAGGAACAAGCUCUGCUUAACUCAAUGCGGAGUAAUGAUGAGGGCGAUACCUCAAUGCCCAUUUCACCCUCACUUCAGGAAUUUUCUGACGAUGAGUCAGACGUGCAUUUUGAAGAUCUUUCGAGUGACCUUGACGUUAACUAAGUGUUCCCGGUUGUGAGCUACCAUCUUGUUGCCGUUGAAAAUCGCCAGUUCUCAGAGACAUUAUUGGUAAAAGUAUUUUGGCUGUUAUUGGUGUUUUCUAAGAUGCCAAGUAAUAAACGCGCAUCAGUGUGUAACUUAGCCUCAAUGCAAGAAUGGAUUUUGUGUCUAAUAAUCGAAGUUGUUAUUAAAUUUGUGCAUUUUUCACUUAAAUCUGAAAAGAAGGAAAGAAAAUUCCCAUAUGUUCCCAGGGAAACAGUAAAAAUCAGUCCCUUAAACUAUGGACUGCAUUAAGGUAGGUUUAGGUUUCUAAUUAUUCGAAGAUGUGAAAUUUUAUUUGGAUUUUUACGUAUCACUAGAGAAAGUUAUUUCUUCAAAUGAUUUUUUUCUCUAACUUUUGUUUAAGGGACUGGUUUAACAAAGCUGCUAAUGAUUAGUGAUUUGAAUUUUCUGAUGCAUGAUUUCAAACACCUUAUGUACACUUAUGUAGUAAAGCAAAUAUAUACAAAGGAACAAAAUCCUAAACCUUAAUUGUGCUUAGGUUCAAACUGAUAGAUUUCCUAAGGGUGGUAAACAAGAGGAUAUCCUCCUAAAAACUUGUAAUAUCAGAAAGAUUUGUUAUUCAGGACCAACUCAGGGAAAUUUCUGAAAAACGGAGAAAUUUGAAUUAACGAUCAGAAUUCUUUUUGUUUUCACAAAAACUGAUCCAAGGAAGUUGUUAUCUAACUAAAAUUUUUGUAAUUACAGGAGAGAUUAGGAUUUUAAUAAAGAUAUUGACAAUUAUUUGCAUCAUCCUAAAGGAGAAGCAUGAUCAAAAUCCACUCUUGUUUUCUCUCGGUUGUACAAAGUACCUAAAGUACUGUGAACUGGCAAUUUUUACGACAACUGUUCAGCAAAACGGUCUCAUCAUAUCCCCACACCUCCGUGCAUUGGAUCUGCGGGUUAAACUAAGUUAUUUGAGUUAAAUUGGUUACCCCUGCAGAUUUGUUAGUUUAUUUCUAAGGAAGGAAUUAAAAUUUCCUUUAUCUGGGAGUUAGUUUCUCUUUUUUGUGUAAAUAAUAAGUUUUCUUUCACCAGUUUUAUGAGCUUCAGAGCUGAGCUGAGAAUCCUAAUUAGGAGACAGUUACUCAGUCCUAGGUUGCGUUUUGAUAAUACAAAUAUUUCUCAUCUAAGAGCUCUUUUCACCCUGGUGGAUCUUAGAAGUUAAAAUAAUUUUUCUUAAGGAAUACAUAUGUAGUCAUCAAAUGUUAAUUGUGAAUAUCCGCCAAAAUUGAUUAAGUAAAUAACUGCUUAAGACAAAUUCAAUGACAAAUCAAGUAAUUUUAAUAGACUCUUGACUUAUGGAAUGUAAGAUUGUAAAGUUUCUCAGUAGUCAGUGGUAUUCAAAUCUGAGAAAAAUGUCUUGUGAAGUUUGUGUAAUGGAAGUUUUUCAAAAGAUUCAAACGUUUUUGCAGCUGAUCUAAUGAUAACUGCCAUCCCUGUCUCUCAAGUCAAUAUGUAGGCUUUUUGAGAAUGUUUUUCUUCUUUCUUGAGUCACCCAUUUUUUAUUGUUGCACAAAAAAUGGAAAUUUCAGUUUCAUUGUAAAUUUGCUCAUUUGAAUCCAAGCUUUGAAGAGCUUUCCUUAAAGUGUGCCCCUGGCUGAAAUACAAAUACAGGUAUUUUAGACGCACCUCAAGACUGACAGAUCGAAAAACUAACAAGAGCUUAGAGUGUAUCCAGCACUUUAUGAAGAAAAUAGUUGCUUGCUCAGGGUGUUUUGUCAGGUCACCUCGUUGAAGGUGAUCGGCAGCUCUUGAUAAAGAACUUUAUUACUUGCAACGACCUCUCAUAAUUUUUCCUUCCAAUCAAAAUGAAUUUGUUUUUAUUUUUUCCUUUUUUAAUGACUGCGUGUAUAAUAACUAAGACUAUUAUUCUUGCAAAUCAGAACAUAAGCUUUGGCCAAUCUCUUUCAAAUUGGACAAGUACUUAGGAACCUUACGUCAAGUCAGAUUUUCUGCAGCCCUACAAUACUGCCUUAGUAGAACAAUGUAAGAUUCCUGGCCCCGGAGUCACUUAUCAGAGGUAGUUUUAUCAAAGUGAUGCCUAUGGGUCAACAAACCAAAAUUGCUACCCCCUAUGAAAGGGACGAUAGUUUGUCAUUCUUCUGAGCUAUCUACUUCCAAAAGAUGUAGCUGCGUAGCUUGUUGUUUUUUGCUUUUCAUACCCUAAAAGGGUCAUGUCUUGCAGCAAGAAAAAUUGCAUUUGGGCAGCCCUCAUUUUUAUCCCUGCCUUACUUGUCUGGCGUAUUGCUCUAACCACAAACAAGGGCAGUUCCUCAGCUCAUCUCUAUUCUAGUUUUACAGCCCUAAGUUGAGUUGAAAUAAGUCCUUGCUUUUGAAUUUCUGAAUUUUGCAUUCAGAAGUCUGUCGUGUACAUUUUAGACAAGAUUGUCUCAAAUAAAGAACGCCUGUAUCUAUUUUUUAAA